UACGUAGAAUCUUUCUUUCCGAGAAAUAUUAACGUUUUCCGUGUUAGCUGUGAAUGCAUUCAAUGAGAAGUACAACAACAAGGGUUAGAUAGAAGUAUUCAGCUUAUGUUCUUCAUAACGACGUUACGCUAAAGGAUAGGGCUUACUUUAUCAGUGAGGCCAGAAGGGACCCAGAGGAUGGCUUUAUAUUUGAUGGAUACCGGAGCACUCAAUGAUUAUGAUUCCAUUGAAUACAAAAAAGUGGUUAAUUAGUGAUGAUCAUGGCCCUUUUUCUUCUCUUUCUACUCUUGUUGAAAUGUUUUCGGUGUAUGUACAUAUAUACGCGUUGGGUUUCGUGACCCUUCAUGUUAUUCUUAUCUUAAUUUGUAUGGGAGUGUAUACAAUGUAUCGACAAUGUCUGACAGGGUUCGCCAGUCUCAAUCAAGUACGGCCACCAGAUAUUCAUACAGGUUAUACUCUAAAAAUAUGAACGACAAAGCUAAAUAAAAUAAACAAGCAAGAAGAAG